AUGGCAGAAGAAGCUGAUGUGUUUUCACAAAGGAAUGGUUUUCCAGGUAUCAUUGGAGCGCUUGAUGGGACACACAUACACAUAAGUAAGCCAAAAGAUCAUCCCCAGUCCUAUUUCAACCGUAAAGGAUAUUACUCUAUCCAGAUGCAAGCUGUUUGUAGACACGAUAUGAGACUAACACACGUUUUUGUUGGAUAUCCUGGCAGUUGCCACGAUGCACGUGUCCUUAAAAACUCAGACAUUUGGAACAAUGGGUUGCAACUCUGCAACAAUACUUACUGCAUUCUGGCUGAUGGAGCCUAUCCUAUCAGAAGAUGGUUACUCACACCUUAUAGAGACAAUGGCCAUCUCGGAAACCGUGAACGAAGGUAUAACCAUUACCAUUCAUCCUGUAGAGUCGUUAUUGAGAGGUCAUUUGGGCUACUGAAAGGACGAUUUCGACGUCUGCAAAACCUUCAGACAAGCAGUAUCAAAACUGCGUGUCAGAUAAUUAUGGCUAGUUCUGUGUUGCAUAAUAUAUGCAUUUUACAAAAAGAUGAGGUCAGUGAUUUCCUGGAGGAAGAUGGUGAUCAGCCAAAUCAUCACCAACCUGUUCCAAACAUUGUAGAAAAUGAUGCGGAAGGAGUUCUCAAAAGAAAUAUUAUUGCCAAUCGACUGGUGUGA